CAAAGCCUGACAACCCAAUGCCUGACAACCCAAUGCCUGACAACCCAAUGCCUUACAACCCUAGAAUGACGGUCUUUGGCGUGCCACUGCGCGCCAGUAUUGAAUAUGCCAGGAAUGCAGUCAUUAUGAUCGACGGAGAAGGGAGAUUUCACAACGCUGGUUACAUUCCCAUAAUCGUAGGGGAAGUUGGAAAUUUCCUAAAAGCAGAAGGUAAUUUAUUUGCAGACUUCGACAGACCCUCUCAUGAACAGUGUCCACCCUACCUUUGCUCCUCGUACGAAGCAUUUAGGGAGCCCCUCCGGAACCUCGUCACCGAAGGGCCGGCCCUGACCACCAGCGUCCCCGACCACAAGCCACCGCCGGUCAUCUUCAAGACUUUCCUCCUGAACCAGAACGCGCUGAUUACCUCGUACAAGCAGCUGGUAUGGGAGAUCCCGCCCGUCAACCGCGAGAUUCUUCUCUAUCUCCUCGACACAUUAGCCUUAUUCGCCAAUAAUAGCGACAAAACUAACGUGCCCACGUCCAGGCUCGCUGUCGUGUUUCAAGCUCUGCUCUUGACGCAUCCGCAGCAUUACACGUCGCAAGACGACAUCAGGCUUAACCAAGCCGUCAUUAUUUUCUUCAUCGAGAACGAG